GUAUGCGGUGAAGAGAUUCGAAGGUCGGUUCCACCAGAAGACAACGGCGGAUUCGUCUUGAUCAGCUGUCGAUUGGCUUCACUAAAAUAUGCAUGGUGGCGCUGUUUCCGUGGCAAUCUUCUUCGAUUCCGAAAACUCACCGACAAAUCCCUAAAAAGUGGUACAUCUGACCUCUUUGAUCAAGUACAGCGUCAGCAUGAAUGUUCCAGUAAAGUCAAUCGACAGCUGGUCAAGAGCAAUCUGCCGUCGUCUUCUAGUGGAACUGAACUUCGAAUCUCUCCAACCAACACUUUCACUCGAAAUGAAAUCUAUCAAUCAAGCAUAAGUACUUCCUACUCAACUCGUGGACUGCGCCAACCUGAACGUGGCAUUCAACCCAAACAGCUGCAGUACAACGCGAGUCAUUCGUCCUCUUCUCGUCAGAUCGACCCACGAAUCUCUUCUUCAUCCACUUUCAUACGACAUCAAAGUCCCCCAACAAUGUUGUCGCAGGAGAUUCAUCGAAACCUUGUUUCUAUUCCUAUCAUUAAGCCUUGA